AUGGACACGUCUUACAACCUCGUCGCUGAGAAGUGCGCGAAGCAGAUGGCCGAGUAUCAAGCCUGCGUAGAGAACAAUCAAUCGUCCGAUUGGCCCACCAUCUGCCUUCCCCAGUCCCGCGCUCUCUCGCUCUGUGCCGAUACCGCUGUCCCACACCUCGCUGAGGUCAAGUCCGAGUGUGCGGGCAGUAUCGCCAGCUAUCGAGCUUGUCUCGAUCGGAAUGCGUCCAAGUCGGACGAGGAGGUGGAGCGGGCGUGUACGGGUCUGAUGAGGGGCGUAUGGGAGUGUUCUGAGCGUGUGAUGAACGAAGUCAAGGGGCGAUGA